GCAGUCGAAUGUGGAAAAUCGAAAAGAUGAACAGCUUAUUUUAGUCACAAACCCAGUUAGGGUGUGAGCAAGAGAAGAGAAGUCCUUCUCGAAAACGGAAGCAGCGUGACUCUCCUGCUCUCCGUUGUUCUCUGGCCGAAAAUAUUUUGAUCCCGAAGCCGCCUCGGAUCUUCGACAGUUUUCUGGAUUUCAUGCAUUAGAAAUUUAUCAACAUGAAGAUAUUCCUUGCAAGUAUAUUAGUAGUCCUUGUGUUGCAAAACUACCAGGUGAGCUGCAAAGAGGAUUUCAAUUUCGUGGCAGACGGCGAUCCAUUUCUGGACAUCGAUUUCGAUUCCAAGAAGAAGGACCCCAAACCUCCGCACCUCGAGAACGAUCCAUGUGAGACAACCGUGUGUGGGCGUGGUCGCGAGUGCGAAGUCAACCAGUUAGGAGAGGCCGUGUGCAUUUGUCAACGCAUCUGUAAAAAGAGGAAGAAGCCAGUGUGUGGAUCAGACGGACAUUUCUACGUCAAUCAUUGCGAGCUUCACAGAACAGCCUGCCUCACGGACAAGAAUAUCGUUAUAGAUCACAGAGAUGCCUGCCUCAAGAAAAAACAUCUUGAGAAAGUCACCAAACCAACAAAGUCAGCUGUUCCCUUCCACGAAAAGAAAACGGAAGAUGAUGGUCUUCCAUGGAAGAAUUUGCCACCCUUUGAGUCCAGGAGAACAAUUGUUGUUACAGCAGAUCCAAACCCGGACUCGACUCAGAGAGAAUGCUCUCACGAAGACUAUGAUUUCAUGAAGGAGAAUUUGCUCGUCUUCAACAAUGAAAAGCUUAUGGAUAGUAAAAAAUCAGGCAAUGAGUACUUGGUGAGCAUCAUGUUCUCCCACUACGACCAGAACAACAAUGGACAGCUGGAGGCAGAGGAGCUGUGGCAGGCGGCUGAACGGGACCACCUGGGGCAACUGUCUACCUCCUGCAUCCUAGCGGACAUGCUGCUCUUCGACGACGCAGACAAGGAUGGCCGUCUCAAUAUCAACGAGUUCUACUUGGCUUUUAGUAAGUUAUACAGUGUAUCGGUAGUAUCUCUGGACAAAGCAUUGGAAGUAAACCAUGUGACUGCACGUGUUGGUGAUAACGUGGAAAUAAAAUGUGACGUCACCGGUACUCCACCGCCACCUAUUAUUUGGAGAAGAAAUGACAUGGAUCUCUCUGUUCUCAAUGACGAAGAGAUCAAGGUUUCCCAAGUAUUCGUGGAUGGAUCUCUUUACCUCACUAACGUGCAGCUGGUGCAUGCUGGGAACUACACCUGUCAUGCUCAGAGGAAUAAGGAUAUUACCCAGACGCAUGUUUUGCACGUGCAGACUCUGCCAGAGGUUCAUGUGGUGCCAAAACUUCAGUCCAGGGCCCCGGGAGAACUGGCUGAAAUGGAAUGUCACGUGAUCGGUGUGCCUCAGCCAAGAGUUUACUGGCUGAAGAACGAUGAGGAACUGAAGAUGGGAUCCGAAAAGUAUACAAUUAUAGGCAACAGCACUUCCCUGGUCGUGGGGAAGAUUACUUACAGUGACACAGGUGCUUAUAUGUGUGUGGCCACAAACCCAGCCGGUACAACGAGAGAUAUUAGUUCUCUUGUGGUACAGGACCAGCCUGCUAGAAGCAUUCCACACCUCGAUCACCGUUUCUUUGCUUUCCACGAUUGGGGCGUGUCCGUCUAUGAACCUGACAACUGUCGUCUUUACCAUCAAAUCCAAAGCACGGACGUCAUUCCCGGCACGCAAGAAUAUGUGUGUGGAGACAGAGGACUGAACUGCUCUUGGGGUGCCGCUAUUAAUGUUGCUGACCGAUAUGUGUACGCCUCGCAACCCAAUAAAGAUAGAAUUCUCAUCAUCUCCAGAUUACAGAUGGUAGUGGUUGAUGUGGUGGUGACAGACAAGUUCCCUGUAGAACUUCACUACGUUCCUAAUUUGGACCAGGUGUGGGUCUUGUGUUGGAGAGGAUAUCAGGACAGAGGAACGAAGACCAUCCAAAUAAUUCGAGACGCCAGUCAGAAGAAGAAACACCACACUGUUCACCCUGAACCGGUGGAUGGGCACUUUGAUCUUGUCAGUGGUUUAUUCGUGCCGUCACCCCAAGAUCUGGGACAUGGAUGGAAGUAUGGUUACGUUGUGCAUACCAACCAAAGAGGAAUGUACAAACUAGAUUUGCAAGGCAUGAAAUACCUCAAGACAGUGGAUUUGACUCCCUACAAUUGCGCUCCCAAAUCUGCGGACUUUGCUUCCUUCGGUGGCUUGGUCAUUCUGGAAUGUCUGGAACCAGUAACAGGACGUCCGACCGGACAAAUCGUUCUCGAUUACUUGACAGACACCGUUCUUGUGCACAGUACGACUCUGUUCGGUCGGCCUCAUGUAUCUCCUGACUCUAGAAGAGUGGUCACUCUGAAAGCAAAUGACCAUAGCGUCAUCAUUGUGGCUCAAGAGAUUACGGAAGACGGUCUUCGUUUCCUAUUUGACGUGAAAACAACCCUCCAGAUUAGCGAUGUGGCGUUCUUUCCUUCGAGGACAACUCACUCCUACGAUCUCUACGCUACAUCGUCUUCUAAGGAGGACAUUCUCUUCGUGGACCUCUCCGAUGGCAAAGUGGAAAUGAUCACUGGUAUAGGACGACCCUCCGAUCCCCGACUGGCUACCUGGGGCAACAGCAACCGACCCAUUGUCAGUGCAGGAGUGUUCGGCACAUACAUGGCCACCACUGCUGAAGACGCCCUUUUUGUGGUGAACGGGAAGACGAGGACUGUGAACUGCGAGAUUGGGUCCAUUGUCCAUCCUAGAAUGAUGGUGUGGGUGAGAGCGCCAUGAAUCCAACCUUUAUUCCUAUAAAGGCCUCGUCCUUGAUUUUGUUCAGGUUGAGUGGGGCAUUCGCCUUCGUUAGUUUGUUUUUUUAUCGUAAACAAAUAUGCAUUUUUUUUAACCCUCCAACUGCUUAUCCCGCGAUUUCCGCGGGUUAGAUGCCAGUCUAUUUUUUAUUGAAUCCCGCGUUUUUCAC